AUCUCCUCCACUUCCUUCCUGGGCUCUGGGCUACGUAUUAUCCAUCCGUCUCAGUCACCUCGCCUCCUCCUCCUCCUCCCCCAGUCCCCCUCCCUCAUCCUCGAUUGCGCCCCUCACUCGCCAUGUCGGGGCUCUACAGCCAGGGGUUCUCCCCUGCGCGAAACCUCUCCCCUCAGAUUAGAAGCAAUCCGGACGCUGAUAGUCAGUACCUGGCCGAGCUGCUCGCCGAACACCACAAACUGGGGCCCUUCAUGCAGGUGCUGCCCGUAUGCAACAAGCUGCUGAGCCAAGAGAUUAUGCGGGUAUCAAGCAUUGUGCACAACCAUGGAUUUGGCGAUUUCGACAGGCAUCGGUUUAGAAGUCCUAGUCCAAUGUCUUCUCCAAACCCUAGAGCUAAUCUCCCUGGCAAUGGGUUCAGUCCUUGGAGCGGACUACAAGAGAGAUUAGGUUUUCCUCAAGGAACCAGCAUGGACUGGCAAGGAGCACCCCCAAGUCCUAGCUCCCAUGUUGUAAAGAAGAUUCUUCGUCUGGAGGUUCCAGUUGAUUCUUAUCCGAAUUUCAAUUUUGUGGGGCGCAUUUUAGGACCUAGAGGUAAUUCUCUAAAGCGAGUAGAAGCAUCCACUGGGUGUCGUGUUUUCAUUAGAGGAAAGGGUUCCAUCAAAGAUUCAGGGAAGGAGGACAAACUACGGGGAAAACCGGGCUAUGAGCACCUGAGUGAUCCGCUGCAUAUCUUGAUAGAGGCCGAGUUCCCUGCCAGUAUCAUCGAUGCAAGGCUGAGACAAGCACAGGAGAUUAUAGAAGAAUUGCUUAAACCAGUGGACGAGUCCCAAGAUCUCUACAAAAGGCAGCAGCUCAGGGAGCUGGCAAUGCUGAACUCAACCCUGAGAGAGGACAGCCCUCAUCCGGGGAGUGUCUCUCCAUUCAGCAACGGUGGCAUGAAGCGUGCGAAAACAGGACAGUAGAGAAAACAACUAUGCUCCCAUAUCUGGCCCCGUCGUCAUGGGAACGCCAUGGGCAUGCGUGAAGGAAGGCCAUGCGCCUUCGCUGGCGGAGUCCGGUAUCUUCUGCUAGCUUUCACCUCCGGACAGGGGAAAGAUGAGAUGAGAUGAGAUGAGAUAGUCGCGGACCCUUGGUUGGAUCCGGCGUUGGUUGUUGUAUGGUCUAGAACAUUCGUUCUAUUUGUUAUUGACGGUUAACCCUAGUAUGUUGGUGAGCUGCAACCUGCAAACUGCAUGGUAAACUAGCUAGAGAGGCCUGCUGAGUAUGUGAGCUUUAGGUCUUUUCUUGACAUUGUAUUAUAACCUUUUUAACAUUAUGGAGUUGCAAAAAUAAAAAA